UAUUACUAGCAAUUUAUCAACCAGCCAACUUUUUUGAUCACGAUAAAAACAAGUGUAAUACUUGAAACAAAUAAACAUUUAAUUGUUUGUGUUUGAUCGAAUCAAAUCAAAUCAUCAUCAUAAUUUUUUUGUUUGUUUGUUUGAAACUUUAAAGGUUAAUUUAAAUCAACUUCAAUCAUGUCUAACGUUUGUUUACGAUGCAGUAAACCAGUAUAUGCUGCUGAAGAAUUAUUAGCCGGUGGACAAAAAUGGCAUAAAACAUGUUUCAAAUGUAAUCUCUGUAAUAAACGUUUGGAUUCAACUAAUGUUAAUGCUCAUGAUAAUGCAUUAUGGUGUAAACAAUGUUAUGGCCGUAAAUUCGGACCAAAAGGUUAUGGAUUUGGUGGUGGUGCCGGUGCAUUGUCGAUGGAUGUUGGUGAACAUUUAGGUAAUCGUGAAUCACAAAUGACAAACAAACCAUCUGGUGUUAAUACAUAAGACAUUUAUAUUUAUUUCGAUGAUGAUGAUAAUAUUCGACAAGCAAACUAUCGAUUUGAUUGAAAUUUAAUUAAUAUCCGUAAAUUAUAAUUGUCAAACAAACAAAAUCCUAAAUCAUUUUCAAUAUGUUAAAAAUUAUUGAUUUAAAAUAAAAUCCAAAAAUUUUCAAACAAAAAAAAAA